GGGGGCGGGGGGCUGCACGCCGCGCGCAGGCUCAUCAGGAAGACUCCCAUUUGGAAUGAGAAUAGUAUUGGAAUGAGUCAACAAGGUUAUGUUGCCACGCCUCCCUAUUCCCAAUCCCAACCGGGUAUUGGAGGUUUUUCUACAGGCUUUGGUGCACCCACUUCUUCGCCUCUUUAUGGGCAUUAUGGCGACACAAACCCCUCGUACUCAGCACCUCCAUCAGGUAUGUUGAAAGGUACUGUGCCUUUUGGGUCCUCUGCUCCUGUUGGAUCGCCACCUCCUGGGACCCACCAUUACAGCCAGACUAAUCUCCAGAAUGGCCCCCGUUCCAGUGGACAUCAGCCACACAGGUUUCAAGGCCCUUCACCUCCUAACAAUGCAUCACCUUCCUAUCCCCCUUAUUGCCCUCAGUUACAGCCAUCCUACCCAAAUACUGCGUCCUCUUCAUCCACAGCACAACUGGCUAAUCAACUCAGCACUCUGCAGAUGAAUAACUAUGGUCCUGGUGCUACUCAGAGUUCUCUCAUGCCUUCUGGGAGUCCGGCAUCUUUUCAAGGACCAUGUCCUCCACCACCACCAGCAACACAGCAGCAAAUGGCCUUGCUACCUGGAUCUCAGAUUCCUCCUGCACCAGCAAAUAAUCUCAAUGGCAUUUCCUCUCCACCCUCACUGCCUCCAAUGGCUAUGCAGGAUGGGAUCCUGGGAUCUCUACCGGCAAAUGCCAACUUGCAGCAUCUUCCAGGACAACCCCCAGUGCCUGGGUAUCACCCACAGACUGCCAACUUUGGCCCUCAGAUGGCAGGCUCUCAGCUCUCUUAUCCUGGUGCCUUUCCUGGAGGUCCAGGACAGCUUGCUGGUCCACAGCAGAGGAAGCUUGAUCCAGACUCCAUCCCAAGCCCAAUUCAAGUAAUUGCAAAUGAUAAGGCUUCCAGAGGAGGUCAAAUCUAUGCUACAAACAUCAGAGGCCAAGUUCCUCCUCUUGUCACCACAGAUUGUAUGAUACAAGAUCAAGGCAAUGCCAGCCCACGCUAUAUUCGAUGUACUGCCUACUGCUUCCCAUCCUCUUCAGAUAUGGCCAAACAAGCUCAGAUUCCACUGGCUGCGAUCAUCAAGCCUUUUGCUAUUGUUCCACCAAAUGAGACACCUCUUUAUGUUGUUAACCAUGGGGAGACUGGGCCAAUUAGAUGCAACAGAUGCAAAGCCUAUAUGUGCCCUUUCAUGCAGUUUAUUGAAGGGGGAAGAAAGUAUCAGUGUGGACUGUGCAACUGUGUUAAUGAUGUCCCUCCAUUCUUUUUUCAACAUCUGGACCACGUUGGCAGAAGAACAGACCACUAUGAAAGACCAGAGUUAUCUCUCGGAUCAUAUGAAUUUGUCGCUACAUUGGAUUAUUGCAGAAACAACAAGCCUCCAAACCCACCAGCCUAUAUCUUCAUGAUUGAUGUGUCAUAUAGUAACAUAAAGAGUGGCCUUGUUAAACUCAUAUGUAAUGAGCUGAAGACUGUGCUGGAUACACUUCCAAGAGAAGAGCAAGAAGAGACAUCGGCUAUUCGAGUUGGCUUUGUCACUUAUAACAAGGUUCUUCAUUUCUUUAACAUAAAAAGCAACUUAGCACAACCUCAGAUGAUGGUAGUAUCGGAUGUUGGAGAAGUCUUUGUUCCUUUGCUGGAUGGUUUUCUUGUCAACUUUCAGGAAUCACGAUCAGUUGUGAACAAUUUGUUGGACCAGAUUCCAGAGAUGUUUGCAGACACUAAUGAGAGUGAGACUGUCUUUGCUCCUGUUAUCCAGGCUGGCAUGGAAGCACUAAAGGCAGCAGAAUGUGCUGGAAAGUUGUUUAUCUUCCAUUCUUCGUUGCCAACUGCUGAAGCACCAGGGAAGCUGAAAAAUAGAGAUGACAAAAAACUGGUCAAUACAGAUAAAGAGAAGAUACUUUUCCAGCCUCAGGUGAAUUUCUAUGAGUCCCUGGCCAGAGAUUGUGUGGCUAAUGGCUGCUGCGUGAAUCUAUUCCUCUUCCCAAACCAGUAUGUGGAUGUAGCCUCGAUGGGUCUUGUCACAAUGUACACUGGAGGAACUCUUUACAAAUACAACAAUUUUCAGGUACAUUCCGAUGGUCCCCAAUUUCUGAGUGACCUCAGAAAGGACAUAGAAAAAAGAACAGGAUUUGAUGCAAUCAUGAGGGUUCGCACAAGUACAGGUUUCAGGGCUACUGACUUCUUUGGUGCCAUUUACAUGAACAACACCACAGAUGUGGAGAUGGCAGCAAUAGACUGCGACAAAGCAAUAACCGUGGAGUUCAAGCACGAUGACAAAUUAAAUGAAGACACUGGAGCCUUAAUUCAGUUUGCUGUACUUUACACUUCGAUAAGUGGGCAAAGACGACUCCGCGUACACAAUAUUGGCUUAAACUGUAGUUCCCAGUUAGCAGAUCUCUACAAGAGUUGUGAAACUGAUGCACUUAUAAACUUUUUUGCUAAAUCAGCUUUCAAAGCCAUUUUAAGCCAGCCCUUGAAGACAGUCAGAGAGAUCCUGGUGAAUCAGACUGCUCGUAUGCUGGCAUGUUACAGAAAGAAUUGUGCCACCCCAUCUACAGUAAGCCAGCUUAUCCUUCCUGAUGCGAUGAAGGUGCUGCCAGUUUAUAUUAAUUGUUUAUUAAAAAACUGUGUGCUAGUUGGCAGACCAGAAAUUCCAACAGAUGAAAGAGCUUAUCAUAGGCAGUUGGUCAUGUCUAUGGAUGUUGCUGAUACCCAGUUGUUGUUCUAUCCACAGCUUCUUCCAAUUCACACUAUGGAAGUAAAGAGUGAUGCUUUCCCGAUGGCUGUCCGUUGCUCAGAGGAACGUCUGUCUGAAGGAGGAGUAUUCUUCUUGGCAAAUGGGCUAAAUAUGUUCUUGUGGCUGGGAGUCAGUGCCCCCCCAGAACUUAUUCAAGGGAUCUUUAAUGUGCCAUCCUUUGCACACAUCAGCACAGAGGCGACUCUACUCCCUGUAGCGGACAAUCCCUACUCAAAGAAGCUCAGAUCAAUAAUGGAUUACAUCCAGAGCAAAAGGCCUUACACCAUGAAGCUGCAAAUAGUAAAGCAACGAGAACAGGCAGAGAUGCUUUUUCGACAAUACCUGGUGGAAGACAAAAGUGUUUACGGUGGAGCUUCUUAUGUCGAUUUCCUAUGCUGUGUCCAUAAAGAGAUCUGUCAGUUGCUUAACUAAAGGAAGCUAGACAUAUACUUCAUCAGAUAUUCCUUGCAUUUGUAAGAGGGACUUUUCAUUUGGUGACUAACUCCAAGUAGUGCUUUACUAAACUUUUCCUAAUCUACUUUUUGUACAGUUUCUAACUUCACAUAUUAGUGCUCAUUUUGAGUAUGUAGUCAACCUUAUUAAUAUGUAGAAUAGGAAAUUCUGCACUCAGGUAUAAAUCUUUUAGGAGGGUCUCUAAAGAGUGUCUGCUAACUGAAAGAUGAAAAUCUUGCUAAGCUGAAACCAGAUAUGUAGGAAAUAUAACCUAUUCAUGGAACAUUCCAAUAUUCUCAAUUAUCCAAUUGAUUUUUUGCUAUACAUUUACAUUUUAAUCAACUUAAUUAAACAUGGAAAAAGUGCAAGUGAAUAAAAAUCCAGUUUGCAAUAUGUUCAAGGGGGCUUCUGCAGUGAGUUUCCUUUUUGGUUAAACUUAAAAACCUAACAAAACAUGUAGAUAAUCUGAAGAAGUGGGUUGUGCCCAUGAAAGCUCAUGAUACCAUCUACAUGUUUUGUAAGUCUCUAAGGUGCUACAUGACUAGCUGUUGUUUACGUUUUUCCAGUUAGUCUGUAACUCAGCUACCCCCUCAACCUUUUUUGGUUAUCGUUGUGUGGGGCAGCUGGGGAUGUUUUAUGGUCCCUUAAAAUAUCUAGAGCUAAUCCUGGCUCACCUUCCAGUAUGAAGCAAGUUGUUCAGGUAGCUUGUCCAUGUCCAGAAAACAAUCACCACAAAAUGCACUACUCGUCUUAGGCUUACAUGGCUCUUUCUUCCCCCAUGAAUCAUGGCACUUCAUACUGAACUACUUCUCUUUAACUAGUGCAGAGCUAAAGGUACACAUGCCAGUCCUACUCUGGAACAGCUUAUAUGCAAGACUACAGCCUUCUUUAAAACACUUCACUAAAAGGUUUACCAUAGGAGUGCAUUAAUAACAGUGAUCUAGGCUAACUUUGCACAGGGUGAGAGUGGAAAGUGUUGUCCAGGACAUCCUUGCUAUUAAACAGGUAAGGCUUCAGAAGUGACAUAGGGUCAAUACUGAAGUUUUGAUAUUUGUUUCAGAUGACCUGGCUCUGUAUAUAAGUGAGACAGGGUGCAAUGGGCUACCUCCAAUGACUUACAUCCAUGUGUGGAUAGUCAAGGCUACAGCAGUAAAAAGUCCAUCUAUAGCUAGCCCCAUCUCUUUGGUUUCCCAUUAUGCUCAGGAAAUAUAUACAUGACAGAAGUUGGCCCAUGAAAACCGCAGUAAUAAAUACAACAAAAACUACCCUCGAUUUGGUGGAUACAUUUCUCUGCCCUUAUGAAUCUUUUCUUUAAUAACUGUAAAAUGAGUCAUUUACUACAUACUUCAACAAUAGUAAAUUUGGCCUACUUCCUAUAAAAAGGUUUCUAAUUCUGAAAAUGUAACUAUAUUACAUCUAAUUCAAUAUAAUAUGGACUAUUAUAAUCCUUAUUCACCAACUGGAAUAUUCAUUGAUUUUAACUUAAGAAAAAUCUGCAAUAUGGUCUAAAUAUGUAUCUUUUUGGAACUUCAAGGACUAUAAGCACUUAAUUUAACCAAAGGUCACAUAUGAUGCUGGAAGCAACAUUGUUAUUUAUUUACAUACCAGUUAUGUAUUUCUGUGAUGAUUUGAUUUGAUUUAAUUCAAAGACAUUUGCUUUUAAAAAAAACCCAACCUAGAUCACUGAUUGGUAUCAAAGGCAAUGGCUAAAAGACUAAAAGGCAGUUUAAGUUUUCUAUUGAUUACAUUUUCCUCAUAUGAAACUGUUACUGCAUUAAAUACAAGAGAAGAACAUAAUGAUAAAGCUCACCUGCAGAGCUUGUCUCAACAACUUGGAACUCUCUCUGCACAAACACCAUGGAAGGAAAGCAAACAGCCCUCAAAGUGUGAUAAACUUCAGAAGCCUGCAAAAAAUUGUGCCUUUUAAAAAAAUAUAUUUUAGCAUGUCAAGUAAAUUAAAAGAUGAUGUAAUGUUGUUGGUUCAAGUGGAUACAAAGAGUUCAGAGCUCUCUUGACCAAGCUGGGGUAUUCCAAAGGACAUAGAUGAAAUUCAACUGGCAACUAAAUCUGUUAUUUCUUCACAUAGCUGAAAAUUUGUAUAAGAGGUUUGUAGCUAUUCCAAUUCAGUGUACAUUAUGAAUUACACCAGCAACUUUUGAAAAAAUGUAAACAAAUGUUUAUUAAAUAUCAUUACUAUCGUG